UACUAAAGAGAUCUUGCUAUAUUCGUCGAUAUACAUUCUUUAUUUAUUAUUUUAUGUUGUGGAUAUUUUGUUUAUAUUUUUGCCCUGUUCAUGAUUGAAAAAAUAUUGAAUACCUUUAACUUUGGAUCGACGAGAAAAAAUCCCGACGGCUAAACGGAAGUAAAAACAUUUCAACCGGUGUCGAAAAGGUAAACUGCAAACAGAAAGGAAACUAACUGCAAACAAUCCAAAAAAAUCAAACUACCGACCUACCAUCGGUGUAAAUUGUCCUAUUUACUGGUGGGUUCAACAGGAAAAAGAAUAAAAUGGCAGUCCCAGCAAAGAUAGUUUUGAAGAGCGGGACAAAGAUGUCUCUGAAUGACAGAUUUACCAACAUUGUCAAGACGCCGACAUCACCCACCUCACCCCAGGCCAUCCGAGCCAGAAUGGCGGAGGCCCAGCAGGCAUCCUCAGCCAAUCGGAGGCUAGCUCAGCAAAUGGCAAACAGACCUACAGUACAGGCAGCACUGAAAAUCAAAAAGACCAGCUUGAAGCAGCGUUUGGGUAGGACUAAUGUGAAGGCCAGGUUGAAUCUGAGUGCUGUCAGAGGGCGGGGCCGUGGAGGAGGGGGUGUUGGAUUCAACAGAGGACAAAGGGGUGGAGGACGGGGACAGAGGGGAGGAUCCAGAGGCGGACCAGGGGGAGACGCAAUGGCUCCUAGAGGGCGGGGUCGUGGUGGAUUUGUACAGCCCAGCAAACAAGGGGGAGGAUUCGGAAGUCCUCGGGGUGGAUUCAGAGGGCGUGGCAGAGGAAGAGGGGGAUUUGGAGACCGAGGGGGUCGAGGACGAGGGGGUUUCUAUGACAACUCAACCAGGGGACGUGGUAGAGGGGGUAACCAGGACUACAUGCGAGGUGGUAGAGGAAACCGUGGCAACAGGGGAGGUAAUCGCUUUCAGCGAGGUCGUGGGGGUCGAGGUAGAGGUCGCGGAGGGUCAAGGGGAGGAGGCAUGACAGCAGAGGAACUAGACAAUCAGUUAGACGCCUACAUGUCCAAAACAAAGAGUAACCUAGACGCAGAGCUCGACGCCUACAUGGCCGAAUCCCAGAGCUGAGCAUAAAUACCAAGGGAGUUUGGAAGAAUCUGAUGCAAUUAUGGACGAGUAGUGUUAAUUUAGAAAUGAAAACACAGAGGAGUUCUGAAUAAUCUGAUGUAACCUUACAGACAAAUAGUGUAGAGAUAUCAAAUGUCAGUUUAAUAUGAACAUUUGUGCAAUAUGUCAAAUCUGAAUCCAUGUUUCCUCAUCAGAUUUUAACAGUGGACAGAAUUACUUGUUUUAUGUUUUAUAUUGUGGGUACUAUAAGUUUUCUCAUUCUUGUUGAGAAUAAAUAUUAAGAUAUAGUGGUUUUGAUGUGAGGGGCUAUAGAGGAGAUGUAGAGUUUAGUACAUGUAACUGCUUAGUUUUAUAUUGGGGCUAAUAUGAUUCAUAUAAAAUGUAUACCAAAUAACUUGUAUAUACAUGUACUUUUUAAAAUAGUUUUUUGUAGUUUCUGAUCAAAGAACAUGUAUGUACAUUUAUUAAAUAGUAUUUGUGUUCAUUUGUUUUAUGUAGCUGGUGUAGACGUAAAAUUGAUAGUGUGUUUGUCUAAGUAAAUCAGUAUUGUCAUUAGUUGAAUAUUUAACAUUGAGCUUUAUUUUGUUUAAAGGCACAAAAAUUUUAUUCUUUUUAUGGAAAUAAAGUAAUGUGCAAGUCCCAUCAAGGCCAAUUAAUAUUUUAAUUUUUGUAGGAAACUGUAUGCCUAUGUAUACAGUUUCUUUGUGGUUGUAUGCUGUAGAAUGUUUUUAUAGCACAGUUAUCUUUUUUGUUGAAGUAUAUAAAAUAUACUACUUACCUAG